AUGGCAAUCAGAGAAGAGAGAAAUCAAACUAUCAUCACAGAAUUAAUUCUCCAUGGAUUUGGGGAUCUUCAAGAUGCACAGGCUGUCCUUUUCCUCUCAUUGUUACUGAUCUACAUCCUUACUAUGACUGGGAACAUUCUCAUCAUUGGAUUGGUUGUGGCAAAUAAUAACCUACAUACUCCCAUGUACUUUUUCCUUGCUAACCUGUCUUGCUUGGAGAUCUUCUACACAUCAACCAUCCUCCCCAAAGUCUUGGUCACACUGAGGGGAAAUGGAGCCAUUUCCAUCCCUGGCUGCAUUGCACAGUUUUAUUUUUUUGCUGCUCUGGCUGUUACAGAAUGUGGACUCUUGGCCAUGAUGUCAUAUGACAGAUAUGUAGCUAUAUGUAAACCACUAUAUUAUGCAACCCUCAUGACUGAGAAACUUUGCAUUUUCAUGGCAGUUGCAUCAUGGAUGAAUGGGUUUCUAUCAAUGUCAGUAAUGAUGUAUCUGAUGAUAAGGCUGACAUUCUGUGGCCCAGUUGAAAUUGAACAUUUUUUCUGUGAUCUGACACCUGUGGCAAGAAUCUCCUGCAGUGAAUCCCAGAAUUUUGAGCUGUUAGGCUUCAUAUUCUCAACCAUUUUCACUUUGCCCCCCUUUUUGAUGACUCUGACUUCAUACAUGUUUAUCAUCACCACCAUCUUGAAAAUCCCAUCUGCCACUGGAAGGAAAAAAGCCUUCUCCACAUGCUCAUCUCACCUUGUUGUGGUUACAAUUUAUUAUGGGACACUGAUCAUUGUCUAUGUGCUGCCAAAUACAGAAAGCAUGAGAAAGUUAAACAAAGUGUUCUCUGUUUUUUACACAAUCUUAACACCCUUAGUCAAUCCGCUAAUAUACAGUUUGAGGAACAGAGAAGUGAAAAAGACACUGGGGAAAUUUGUUGGCAAACUAAUUCAAAAUACAAAAGCACAGGAACAAGAAACUAUUUUUAGUGUAGGAUAG